UCUGGAGGCUCGCGCGCGUGUGCUGAGAUAUAAAACAGGAGAAGCGCCGGUACAACAGUACAGUACACAAAGUAACAAGAGCCAUGGAGACACUGAGGAAUACCUCUUAUCCAUCAAUAGCGAGCCACAAUGAAAAAAUGUGUGAGCUCAAUAAAAUAAGUGAGCAAGGAUGGAAAAAGACAGAAGAUAGCCGGACGGUCACAGAGUAUUCAAGAAUCAUUACAGAUCCCAACACUGGAAAAUGUUACUGCCGGGGAAAAGUUCUGGGAAAGGGAGGCUUCGCAAAGUGCUAUGAGAUGACCGACCUGUCCUCAAGUAAAGUCUAUGCAGCCAAAAUCAUCCCGCACACGCGCGUGUCCAAACCGCACCAGAGAGAAAAGAUAAACAGAGAGAUAGAUCUGCACAGAUCUCUGGUCCAUAAACACAUUGUGCAUUUCUAUCACCACUUUGAGGACAAAGACAACAUCUAUAUUCUGUUGGAGUAUUGCAGCAGAAGGUCGCUGGCCCAUAUACUGAAGGCACGGAAAGUCUUAACGGAACCAGAGGUGAGGUAUUAUCUCAAACAGACGGUGUCUGCUUUAAAAUACCUUCACGAUCAAGAGAUUCUGCACCGAGACUUGAAACUAGGCAACCUGUUUGUGACUGACUCAAUGGAGCUUAAACUGGGAGAUUUUGGGCUGGCUGCCAAGCUGGAGCCGAUGAGCAACAGGCGCAGAACGAUCUGCGGCACGCCCAACUACCUGUCGCCGGAAGUUCUUAACAAACAAGGUCAUGGAUGGGAGUCUGACGUGUGGGCUCUGGGUUGUGUCAUGUACACCAUGCUGACCGGUAAACCUCCAUUCGAGACCACUAACCUGAAGGAGACGUACCGAUGUAUCCGAGAGGCACGUUACACUAUCCCCCCCACCCUCUCUCUCCCCGCCAAACAGAUCAUCUCCAUCAUGCUCGCGCAGGACCCCGUGGACCGCCCGCACCUUGAUGACAUCAUGCGGCAUGACUUCUUCACCCAGGGCUUCAUGCCAGAAACCCUCCCAGUCAGCUGCUGUCACUCCGCUCCGGACUUCCACAUUUCCAGUCCAGCCAAGAGCUUCUUCAAAAAGGCAGCUGCUGCUCUUUUCGGCGGAAAAAAAGACAAAGCCAAGUAUUAUGAAAAUAUAAAUCGGUUAGCCAAAGAAGAGGAGGACAUUUUCAAGCUCCGUCAAGACCUCAGUAAGACCACGAUCAGCAGUCAGAUAACUACACACUUAUCCGAGGAAGUAGGAACUCCGUCAGCACCUACAAGAAAGCCCGUUACCCAGGCAACUGCCGGAAGACCGCAGACGAGAGAUACCAUUCACUUGAUUGUUAGAGGCAGCCUGGGCAGCUGUAGUAGCAGCAGUGAAUGUCUUGAAGACAGCACCACCGGUACUGUGGCCGAAGCUGUUGUUAGUGUGUUGAGGGGCUGUCUCGAGCACAUGCCCAAAGCUGACAGCCUUCCUAGAGGAAACAGUUGUAAUAGCUUGAAGUGGGUGACUAAGUGGGUGGACUAUUCCAACAAAUAUGGCUUCGGUUAUCAGUUGUCUGAUAACACGGUGGGCGUCCUUUUCAACAAUGGAACGCACAUGAGUCUCCUCUCUGACAAGAAGACUGUUCAUCAGUAUGCCGCUCUGGGCCAGAAGACUGUUUUCUCUGUUCUUGAUGCUCCUGAGUGUGUUGUCGCUCAGGUCACCAUCCUCAAGUACUUUGCCCACUACAUGGAAGAGAAUUUAAUGGAUGGUGGGGAUGUGAUAAGUGAGCCUGACACCCAAAAGACUAGAAUAUAUCUUCUACAGUGGCUGAAAUCGGACAGAGCUUUACUGAUGCUUUUCAACGACGGCACUUUCCAGGUGAACUUCUACCACGACCACACCAAGCUCAUCCUGUGCACGCAACAGGAGGAAUACCUGCUUACGUACAUCAACGAGGAACGAACGUCCACCACCUUCAAACUGAGCGAGCUGCUUGCUGCGGGCUGCACCUCAGAUCUGCGCAGCCGUCUCGAGUAUGCACUGAAUAUGCUGCUGCAGCGCUGUAGCUGAGAACAGUUAGAACCGAGGGAAAACCGACAGCUUCCAUGGAUGUCCAUGGAAAUGUUUUGGAAAGCUGAAGCAGACUUACUGGAUUUACAAGGCCUGAUGUUUAGAGACUAGCCUGAUAAGGAAUGAUGUGACAUGCAAAAGAAGGAAUGAUUCCUUUCAAUGGAAAGUAUCGGACUGCUUGAAUGAAAAAUGUUGAUGGACCUGCAUGCCCUGACCUGCAAAACUUAUUGUUUGUUCUUGAGAUUUGUUUUCCCCCCAAACCAAUUAUUUAUUGUGUACAUAGUUUCCUAUUUAUUUAUUUAAUGAAUAAAACACAGUUCUAACAUUU